CCAGCCCGAGGCCUAUGGAGACUGCGUCGGUUGAGGGCAGAACUAUGGAGGAUAAGCCUAGCAAAGUGUUUCCCGAGUCUUCGGACCACCGUGGCUCAGGCAAUGUGAACCCGAACGACAUUCGUAAUCUGUGGACCACUGCCACACUGUCGGAGCCAGAGCUGAACAUGCCGCUGUCGGAGGUCUGCGAGAACUUCGACGAAGAGACCAGCAGCGCGGACAAGAGCCGGUGGUACAGCCAAAACGGCCACUGGGAGGAUGAUGAAGAGGACAAGGUCGUGAGCAAGCCAGAGAUUCUGGACGAGGAAGCCUGGGUGGAGGUGGAACUGGACCAAGUCAGCACCAUGGAGCCCCAAGUAGGGGAGACGCGAGAGGCAGAAGAUUCCAAGAUUCAGACAGAAAAGUCUUCCUCAAUGUUAUCAGUUGAGACCGUGAGGCACACACCCCAUCGAGCCUACUGGGUAGAGCAGCAGAACAGGCUGCCGCUGCCCUUGAUAGAGCUCAUGGAGAAUGAAGCUCUGGAAAUCCUCACCAAAGCUCUCGGAAGUUACCGGUCAAGAAUCGGAAAGGAGCAUUUCCUGACAAAGGAGUUGCAGCGAUACAUCGAGGGGAUCAAAAAACGCCGAAACUUAAGGCAGAAUGUCACAAUAAACUAAAACCACCACCUCGGGCUCGAGCGGCGGCACUACUCCAGCACCAAUCCCUGCCGGAUCCCAGACCCAAGCCCGACCCUGUCCAGAUGGAAUUUGAGCCCUAGUUAAUUAAAACAGUGUAUAUGGCAUCCCGCGUGAGGCGGGCGCACAUGGCUCCGCCUUUUCCUGUGACCUUCAUUCGGUCACCGCAGUGA